CCCAACUACACAGGUGGCAAUGGAGCAGCAACGACACUUCCUUCUAGUGACAUUCCCUGCUCAAGGCCACAUAAACCCUAGCCUUCAGUUCGCCAAGCGCCUCAUAACCAUCGGUGUCCAAGUCACCUUCACCACCAGUAUUUCUGCUUACCGGCGAAUUAUGUCGAACACAUCCACUUUCCCCCAUAGCCUCACCUUUGCUCCCUUCUCCGAUGGUUACGACGAAGGCUUCAAACCCAACGAUGACGUCGACCAGUUCAUGUCCGAGCUUCAACACCGUGGUUCCAAAGCACUCACUGACCUUAUCCUCAACCUUGCCGAUAAAGCUUCACCGGUCACCUGCAUAAUCUACACCACACUACUACCAUGGGCAGGUAAUGUUGCAUUUAAGCUUAAUAUACCUUCAGCUCUUCUAUGGAUUCAACCUGCAACUGUUCUCAACAUUUACUAUUACUAUUACAAUGGCUAUGGAGACCUUCUUUCUAACGAGACUGAUCAUCCCAUAGAGCUCCCUGGCCUACCAGUUCUCACCUAUCGUGACCUUCCUUCCUUCUUCCUCCCAUCAAACCCUUAUGCUUUUGCCCUAGAAACACUCAAACUACAAUUUCAGAUCUUUGAACAAGAAACCAAACCACUAGUUCUUGUGAACACCUUUGAUGCCUUGGAAAUCGAAGGACUAAAAGCUGUCGAUAAGCUGAAUUUGGUCGCGAUCGGACCGUUGAUUCCGUCGGCUUACUUAGAUGGAAAGGAUCCAUCUGAUAAAUCCUUUGGAGCAGAUCUAUUCAAAGGCUCAAAGGAUUAUAUCGAAUGGUUGGAUUCAAAGGCUAAUUCUUCAGUGGUUUAUGUGUCCUUUGGAAGCAUUGCUGUGUUACCAAAACAACAAUUGGAAACCAUAGCGAAUGGGUUGUUAAAAAGUCGCCGGCCGUUCUUGUGGGUUAUCCGGCGGUCGGAAAAUGGAACGGAGAAUGAAGAAGAAAGCAAGAUAUUGAAUAGACUGGAGGAGUUGAACAAAGAAGGUUUGAUAGUGCCUUGGUGUUCACAAGUGGAGGUUCUAUCUCACCCUUCAGUGGGUUGUUUUAUUACACAUUGUGGGUGGAACUCUACGCUGGAGAGUCUAGUUACUGGUGUACCUGUGGUUGCAUUUCCACAAUGGACGGAUCAACCAACUGCUGCGAAGCUAAUUCAAGAUGUUUGGAAGACGGGAGUGAGGGUGAAGGUUAAGGAAGAAGAUGGAGAAGGGAUAGUGGAGAGUGAGGAGCUUGUGAGAUGCUUGGAAAUGGUGAUGGAAGGAGAGAGUGGAGAAGAGAUGAGGAAGAAUGCAAAGCAUUGGAGGGAUUUGGCGAGAGAAGCUGCUCAAGAGGGAGGUUCUUCGGAUAAGAAUCUCAAGGCUUUCGUGGAUGAGAUAGCUACGGCGUGUGGCGUGUAUUGAAUUAUAAAUAAGCAAUCAGAAGA